AUGUCUAAUAACAGCUCAGUGCAAUCAGCUGGUGUUAAUUAUGUGGUAAGACAGCUCAAUUACAAGGUCGUUAUAGUGCAGGUCCUGAUUGCAGUUUUCCUUUACAUUAACUUUAUGCUCAUCAUAACCUUUUUAAAGAGGGAUUUUUUUCGCACAAGCAUGCGUUACAUCUUCUUUGCUCUCACAUUGCUGUUUGAUUGUUUGUUCUUAGUGCUGAGUGACAUCCUGCUCCUCAUGAGUUAUUUCCAAUGGACCCUGCAAGUUUCGUUAUGUUCUCUUAUAUACAUUGUGUUAUCUCUGAGCACUUUUGUCACACCAAUUACUUUGACAGCGAUGACCUUUGAGCGCUACGUGGCCAUUUGCAUGCCCCUGCACUAUGGAAAGCUUUGCAACAUGCGCAGCGCCCUGUACUGCAUCCUCAUUAUCCAUGGCCUCAGCUGCAUACCCAUCAUGAUCAAUAUCUCUAUCUUCUUUGCAAUAGCUGCCCAUAGCUUCUACAUCCAGUACAGGGUAUGCUCUGUGGAGAUGUUCAUCAUUCACAAGUGGCAGGGUAAUGUUAGGUCAGCCGUGCAUCAGUUGUACUUCUUGAUCAUGUCUGUCAGCAUUGUCUUCUCCUAUGUGAAAAUAAUGAAAGUUGCCAAAGUUGCAUCAGGAGAGAAUAAAAAGUCGUCAAGGAAAGGGCUGCAAACCGUGACUCUCCACGCCUUCCAGCUCUUCCUCUGCCUUACAUAUCUGUGGUGCCCAUUUAUUGAGACUGCUGUCAGACAGUUUGAUUUCAUGUUAUUCAUUAACGUGAGGUACUUUAACUACAUAACUUUUAUUCUUGCUCCAAAAUGCCUCAGUCCUCUCAUUUAUGGCCUUAGGGAUGAGAAGUUUUUUCUUGCAUUGAAAUGCUAUGCCUCAUUUGGCUUGUAUAAGAAAAAAUCUUCAGAUUUUCUCUAA